AUGCAGACAUACCUUCUUUCCCAGCUAUUUAAUGGUAGCUCUUUGGCAGAAGACUUCACAACUUGUCCAGAAAAUGCUACUAUUUGUGAUGGGACAUCUUGUGUAUUACCAGAAGAUAAUUUUAAUCAAACUUUGAGCGUAGUUUUAAGUACUGUUCUAACAAUUAUGCUGGCUUUGGUGAUGUUCUCCAUGGGCUGCAAUGUGGUACUUAAGAAUUUCUUGCACCACAUAAAAAGACCCUGGGGUAUUUUUGUCGGUUUCCUUUGCCAGUUUGGAAUUAUGCCUCUCACAGCCUUCUUGCUAUCUUUGGCCUUUAACGUCCUUCCUAUUCAAGCUGUUGUGGUGCUGAUCAUGGGAUGCUGUCCAGGAGGCACAGCCUCCAAUGUCAUUUGCUAUUGGGUGGAUGGAGACAUGGACCUAAGCAUCAGCAUGACAACUUGCUCCACACUGCUUGCAAUGGGAAUGAUGCCACUUUGCCUCUUUAUUUACACCAAGAUGUGGACUGAUUCUGAUGCAAUUGUACUCCCCUAUAGCAACAUUGGAACUUCUCUGCUAGCUCUCGUAAUUCCUGUUUCCCUUGGAAUAUUUGUUAACCACAAAUGGCCUAGUAAAGCAAAAAUUAUACUUAAGGUCGGUUCCAUUGUGGGAGCAAUACUCAUUGUGCUCAUUGCUGUGGUUGGGGGAAUACUCUACAAAGGUUCCUGGGUUAUCACACCCAAAUUAUGGAUCAUUGGCACCAUAUUUCCAGCAGCUGGUUAUUCUUUAGGAUUUCUGUUGGCUCGCUUAGCUGGUCUGUCUUGGCACAGAUGUCGUACAGUGUCUCUGGAAACAGGCAUGCAAAAUACUCAGCUAUGUUCAACUAUAGUACAGCUCUCAUUCAGUCCUGAACAACUUGAACUGAUGUUUACUUUCCCACUCAUCUACAGCAUUUUCCAGCUGUUGUUUGCGCUGCUAAUUUUAGGAGGGUACCGUCUUUACAGAAGAUUCCAUGUCAAAACAAAGACAGAUGUCGAGAAAACUGAGCAAAAAGAGGAUUCAACAGCAAAUGCUAAAAUAAAUGGAGGAUUUGUAUCGAAUGAGACCAAAUAGACACUUACCUCUGCUCCCACUAACUGGAAAGAUAUAAAAUAUGUGGUUUACUUAAAACUUUUUUUUUACAUGCUGUUGGUUUAUGGAAAUAUUUAACAAAAGAGGUUCUGCUGAUAUUUUACAGUAAGAUUUUAAAAUUAACUUAAGAAAGAUUUCUACUUUGAUUUCAAGCAUGGUUCCUGCCACAAUUGUAGAAUCUGGUUUUGAAGCUAAUUCUUCAAAAAUAUGUAAUGUUUUAUUCUGGCUUAUUUAAAGAAAGGCAGAAUAAAGGUGGGUUAUUGCUGAAAAACAAGCAGAUGUAUGUAACACCAAAUCCAGCCCAUGGUCCUGCAAAUCCAUCUGCUAGUUUCAGCCCUCACACUAAAGAAAGAGAAAUCCCAUGAAAGUGCCUGAGCAGCAACAGGAGUUGAUGUGGAAAAUCUGAUAAGGCCGAAUAUGAAUCAACCAUGAAAUUGGAACAAGCCAAUAGUGAAAUAAAAGUUUCGUUCAGGUCAGUGUGGGCAGGCUAAAGUCAUUGCACCUUAUUAAUUGCUUGAACAUUAAUUUAUUCUAAAGCUAUAAUUUUAAUAAGUACGAGGUACCUCAUAGCUCUUUUUUUUUCCCAAAGUAAUAGAAAGUAACAGCUUUGCAUCUUCAGUCUGGGUCUUUUAGGUGCUGGAAACAUGAAAAGAGAGACAAUGGUGAGAACAUAAGCCUUGAGAAAUUUUAGUGUGACAGCUGCAUACAAAAGGGCAAGCAGAGAUUCUGGAAGUACAAGAAAUUGUCAGCUUUUGCACUAAAAGAAAGGCAUUUGAAAACCAAAUAAAAUUGUCCCUGGUUUAUCCAGGACUACUUUCACCGAUCUUAACCAUGAGACAGCAGUGCUUGUAAAGAGCUAUAUAUUUUUGUUAUUUUAUGAACUCAAUAAAAUUGAACUUACCAGAUGUCUGUGACAUGUAGAGGCUGAGGUAGUUGAUAACUUUCAGAUUUUAUUUAUACAAGUCACUAAUAGAAAUAAUUGGUUAUACAAAUAUAUUAUUUGUCUCUGAAAUUUCAAGAGUACAUAUAGAAACCUGUCUUAAGUGUGUGGAGAAAACAAGUAUAAUUCUAAGAGAAACAGUGCAGUAAAUUGCAGCUGUAAUUUUUUAUGGAUACAUUCAGUAACAUUAGUUCUGUAUGUAAGGAAAACAUCCAGAGAACUUUAUAUGAAUCAGUGAGAGUUUGACGGACCAAAAAAUUCAAGAAUGAGUCAACUAUUAACACACAGAAAGUAUCCACCUUUCUGUCAUAUUCAAGUGGACCUUCCAAAAUGUUGUGAGUUAAUGUGGCAGGUUUUUUACAAACAAAACUGAAAUUGUGGAGUUUAAGUUCCCAAUGUGUAGUUUUCCACUGCUGCAGAAAUGUACCCAGUAUUAAACAAAGAAUAAACUAUUUCUAUCCACCAUCUGUGGGAGAAAGGAUCUUGAAAUGUUCCUGAGUUCUGGGAGGCGUGAAGCUGCUUUACUUUUGGGAGGGAGUUCCAAAUGGUCGGACCCUCCAAGGAGGAGUUCAACACAGUGGUGUUUAGCACAUAGCAAGGUAUUCUAUGUUUUGUGGAACAAAGAUUAAACAGAACAAUGUGGUGAAGACUGUUAUGGAGGAAUCAUAAAUGUGAAAGAGCAUAUUCAUUGAGAAAAGGAUAAACUGUUGUUUGUGACAUCUGUUCUAAAAAGCCUAUUGUCUUGAUCCUUCAUUCAUGAAAAAAUGGACAGCAGAAGUUAGUUAGGAUCAUGUCUUUCUUACACACCAAGCUGCUAUUAUUCCUCCAUGAUGAACUUCAAUGUUUCUGUGAAUAUUUUAGGCAGAUUUUGAAAUGUAUCAAAGAAUAAUUUUUUUGUCUUGCUUAUGUUAUGUGU